UGACUCAGUGGCAAUGGCUUUGGUUUUUCUUUUUUUUAAGGGGUAAUCUCCAGAAGUUGAUGGAUAAAUUGCUAACUCCUUCUUUUAAUCUACCUAGAAUAGAGGUUAUUUUAAUGAUUUGUAUCCUUUAACUUUUCCACUAGGAGACUGGAUGACAAUAUUCGAACUGUUGUAAGAGGUCAAACAAAUGUGGGGCAAGAUGGAAGGCAAGCACUUGAAGAGGCCCAGAAAGCGAUUCAGCAGCUCUUCGGCAAAAUCAAAGAUAUCAAAGACAAAGCAGAAAAAUCAGAGCAAAUGGUUAAAGAAAUCACCCGCGAUAUUAAGCAGUUAGAUCAUGCCAAACGGCAUCUGACCACCUCGAUCACAACGCUGAACCACCUGCACAUGUUGGCAGGUGGCGUCGAUUCCCUUGAGGCCAUGACCAGACGAAGGCAGUAUGGAGAAGUUGCUAACCUCCUUCAGGGUGUGAUGAACGUUCUGGAGCACUUCCACAAGUAUAUGGGGAUUCCACAGAUCCGGCAGCUUUCUGAAAGAGUGAAGGCUGCCCAGACUGAGUUAGGACAGCAAAUUCUGGCAGAUUUUGAAGAAGCAUUUCCUUCCCAGGGCACCAAGAGGCCUGGAGGACCCAGCAAUGUCCUAAGAGAUGCAUGUCUGAUUGCUAAUAUUUUGGACCCCAGAAUCAAACAGGAAAUCAUCAAAAAGUUUAUUAAGCAGCAUUUGUCGGAGUAUCUAGUACUUUUUCAAGAAAACCAAGAUGUUGCCUGGUUGGACAAAAUCGACAGACGCUAUGCCUGGAUAAAACGCCAGCUUGUGGACUAUGAGGAGAAAUACGGCCGCAUGUUUCCACGCGAGUGGUACAUGUCAGAGAGGAUUGCAGUAGAAUUUUGCCAUGUCACAAGGACAGAACUUGCCAAGAUUAUGCGUACCAGAGCUAAAGAAAUUGAAGUGAAAUUGCUUCUUUUUGCUAUUCAGAGAACAACUAACUUUGAGGGCUUUCUUGCAAAACGCUUUUCUGGCUGCACUCUGACAGAUGGAACCCUGAAAAAACUUGAGUCUCCACCCCCAUCCACCAACCCCUUCCUGGAAGAUGAACCAGCACCAGAGAUGGAGGAAUUGACGAUGGAGAAAGGAGAUUUAGACCAACCAAAGAAGCCUAAAGCCCCAGACAACCCAUUUCAUGGCAUUGUUUCCAAGUGUUUUGAGCCUCAUCUCUAUGUGUAUAUCGAGUCCCAGGACAAAAACCUUGGUGAGCUGAUAGAUCGGUUUGUGGGUGAUUUCAAAGUCCAGGGGCUCCCGAAGCCCAACACUGAUGAAGGGGGUGCUGUGCUUCCCAGCUGUGCUGACCUCUUUGUCUACUACAAGAAGUGCAUGGUGCAGUGCUCUCAGCUCAGCACUGGAGAGCCCAUGAUCGCGCUGACCACCAUUUUCCAGAAGUACCUCCGGGAAUAUGCCUGGAAAAUCCUCUCUGGCAACCUGCCCAAAACCACAAGCAGCAGUGGAGGGCUGACCAUCAGCAGCCUCCUCAAGGAAAAGGAGGGCUCAGAAGUAGCCAAGUUCACUAUAGAAGAGCUCUGUCUCAUCUGCAGCAUCCUGAGCACAGCAGAGUACUGUCUGGCCACCACUCAGCAGCUGGAAGAAAAACUCAAAGAAAAAGUUGAUGUAAGCCUGAUUGAACGCAUCAAUCUGACUGGAGAAAUGGACACGUUCAGCACUGUCAUCUCUAGCAGUAUUCAGUUGUUGGUUCAGGAUCUCGAUGCUGCCUGUGACCCGGCCCUGACUGCCAUGAGCAAGAUGCAGUGGCAGAAUGUGGAGCACGUUGGUGACCAGAGCCCCUACGUCACUUCUGUCAUUCUUCACAUUAAGCAGAAUGUCCCCAUCAUCCGUGACAACCUCGCUUCCACACGGAAGUACUUCACUCAGUUCUGCAUUAAAUUUGCAAACUCCUUCAUUCCCAAGUUCAUCACCCACCUCUUCAAGUGCAAACCAGUUAGCAUGGUGGGAGCAGAACAGGUAAGACAAAACUGGCAUGGGGCCUUUGCUUUAUGGUUCUGCCAUAAAACCCGUAUCCUUUUCAUAUAAAUCUACUCUGGAGAAAUAAAAGGGCUAAUUUUCCCUGUUUGGGAAUAAUGUAAUGACCUAGCUGCUGCUUACCUCAUUCAUCUGUUUAUUUAAAACAUUUUUGCUGAGCACUUAAUAACGACCAGACAUUGUUCUCAGUGCAAGGUAUAUACCACAGUGAACAAGACAGAAAGGUCUCUCCUUGUUGCUCAUAUUCUAGUAAGAAGAGACAGAUAAUAUACAAAUUCACAAAGAAACUGGAAGAUAACUGAAAUUGAGUAGCCUGAAGGAUGGAAAACUAGGUUAUGCGGAAGAAUGUCUUCAGAGUGGAAGGGAGUAAUGACUUUAGAUUGGAUGGUCAAAGAAGGCUUGUCUGAGAACUGCAGCUUGAGAAGGAGCCACUUGUGUGAAGACCUGAGAGAAAAGUGUUCCAGGCAGACAAGCAGCAAGCACAAAGACUCUGAUUAUUUUGGAUCCCCUAGUGGCUGUCCUAUGAGUCUGAAUCGGCUUGACAGCAAUGGGCUUGGUUUUUUGGUUUGGUUAGUGGCUGGGGGAGAGACCACUUAAGAAUAGCGAGCAAAGAAAGGCUUAUUUUCUUGGUACUUAGAAGCUCUGCUCACCUCCCUCAAGAUGCUAUCUGUGAUUAGCCCUUCAGUUCUGUGCUUCAAGACAUCUCUUCACAGUUUGUAUCACCUCAGCACUGAUGAGCAAAAUCGCCUCUUUUCAGCCACCACCAAUUCAGACUGUCUGAAAUUUUGAGCGGUUAUGAGCUCAGAGAGCAGUUUAAGCUACUUUAAAAAGAAACAAACAAUAAUACUCAGCCCUUAACUCUUUAAAAAAACACAUUUAGGGGCAGAUUAUUCAUAUGCUGAUCGAAAACGAUUCUCAUAUAUUCAUUAAAGUAAAUUCUCUCUAGACCUGUGUCAGCACUUAGUAAACCUAUUUCAGUUACUUUUUAUGUUUGAAAGAAGUCAAACUAUAGUUUUAAGUGAGACAGUUAGAUUAUUGUAGACAUUUCUGUAAAUCCUGCUCUUCCACCAGAUCAGUUUGACUUGGUAGAGGCUACGCUCUCUCAGCUCAGUGACUUGCCCUCACACUGGCCUCUCAUUUGUGGUGGUCCAAGUCUUGCCUCAGUAAAACGGCAAGUUAGCAUGCACCACAGCAUAUCAUGGGUCUUUCACAAAGAGUCCAUUCUGGGGGUGUAACAUCUGCGAAUCCCGAGGAUCUCUUAUAUCUUCUAAGUGCAGUUACUCUUUUUGUAAGUGAGCAGCCUUUCUAGGUUAUGAAAAGGCAGUAUGGUGUGGUCAGUAAGAGGAUGGGCUUCAAGGCCAUGGAGGCCUGAGGCUGAAUCCUGUCUCUGCUAUGGAGCAGCUGUUUGCCCUUUGACCAGUUACUUAACCUCCCAACACUUCAGUUUCCUCGUCUAUGAAAUGGGGGUAAUCAUAGUACCUCAAGGGUAGUUGUGAGAAUUAAACAAGAUAAUGCACAGAAAGGGCAUGGCACAGUGUCUGGCACAUGCUAAGCCCUCAGUAAAUGCCAGCUCUUAAGCAUUUGAAGUGUCCUGAGACCAGGGACAGGAGUUUGUUUCUGCUUUCACUUCUCACCUUCCCUGAGGUCUCUUCGACACAGGCCUGCACAGUAACAUCGAAUCAGUGCUUGUUGCUGGCUAACUGGCUGACCAUCUGUAGCCAGAAUCAAAAGUAUUAUUGUCUGAGAAAACUUCCUGGGAGGUUAUGUGGAUUCAGACAUGGACUCUGCCUGACAGUAGCAUUUCAGUGUUUUGAAAUUCUUGACCCUUGCAUGUCAUAAGCAUGGAACUAAUUCUCUCCAUUGGAAACAGAAGAAUAAUGCCCCAGCACGUCAUCUCCAGUUUCAUUAGGCAUUUUUACUGGGAAUUCAUUCUGUUCACUUCACUGUUGGCUGUAAUCAGAGACGGUGUGGAGUGAUUACUCUGUGUAUCUGGGAGAAGCUUUAGAGUUGUCCAUUACUAUGUUACUGUGUUUCUGUCUCCAGACUUGAUGAAGCCACUGGAGCAUGAGGUUGAUUCAUUGGAAAUAUGUUUUCCAUGAGUUUGCACCUUUGCCCAGGCCUUACUAGCUGAUUUGGUGUCUUAACAACCAUGAUAGUUUCAUUUUGUCACAUAAAUCCAAUAUCCUAUAUAUUUUUCUCAGAUUUUCUCUUGUUUAAAAGAAUGUUAAAAUAACUAGCGCAGACACCAAUAAUCAGUAUUUUCAGAAAAAUACCAAUUUGGCCAGUGCAUGCUUCUGUUUUCAGAUGUGAAUUUUUUAGAUGUGCUGAAACUGGAGUUUUCCUUUAUCAGACCCCAGGCAAACACGACAGGAGAGCAUGUAUGUCUACAGGCCCAGCGUGGGGGAGGAAGUGGGUGAAAGCUGCAGGGCAGUGUGGCCCUUGAAGGAUUCCCAAGUGAAGUUCAGAUUUAGCUGGGUCCAUGCUUGCCCUGAGCGUCUGGGCUUUGAAACCAAAGCAGUCAUGUAGUUGGAAGCACUUCCACUCAGGCUGCAGAACCAAAGGAGUCAAGAAAUUAACAGAUACUCACAGACUGAAGCAGAUUCUGCCUCAAGUCAUGGAAAGGCUGUAAUCUAAGCUUUAACAAAAGCUAGGAAACUCAAAGCUAAUAUUUAGCCUAAUCUCAGCUGCCUCUGCUUUGCCCCAGUGGGGCUAGGUCCUAAAUUUAGGUUAUGCUUCAAUACUUGUGCCUAAGAUGAGAAAGGAGACAUUUUCCUGCUCUUUAUUCUUUCCUGCUUACUAUAUUAAGUGGGUUAUUUGUCUCUGGGCCCCAGAGUCUUCCUGAGCUAUUGCAAAGGCAUGCGGAACUGAAACGAACCUGUAUUUAUAAUGCUUCUUGCUGGCUUAUGAAUUUCAGAGAAUCCUGUGGGAUUUGCAGGGUCGUUAAUUAGUCUUAUGGUCAUGGCAGUAUAUGACAACACACACCACAAAUGGAAUCCAUUUGCCCAAAUUUACUACAGAGAAGACAGCACAGUGUGGUGUAGGGAAAGGGCCCCAAGCCGCCAGGAGACCUGUGUCCAGUCCCUGCUCUGAUGUUCAUGACCCUUCUGAUCAUGAACAUUUGCUUCCAGCUCAGGGCUCAGUUGCUUCAUGUUCAAAAGAGCACUGCACCAGGUGCUCUCAGGCCCCUUCGAGACCUAUCUUAUGGAGUCUAAAAUAUUUUGUGCAAUGUAUUUCAGUCUAUGAAGUUAUUUUCUUUUUCUUUCUAUUAUCUUUAUUAACCAUGUUGACUUUUAAACUCACAUAAUUCAAAGCCAUCUGAAGAAAACGUGUGUGAAGCAAAUUUUAGAUUUUUUUUUUUUUUUAAACCCAAACACCAUGGAAAGGAAGAGAAUCAGGUAGUGUGUUUAUCAUGGCACUCAGAAAAAUGAGAAAGCAGGAUGGUUAUUCUCAGGCACAGUUCUUCUAGGUAAAUUUCCUAAAGGUGGCGGGAUGUUUUUAAGCACUCCUAAAAAGAAAUGAAUUGAUAAAAUGUGAUACUCAUUUAUAGUAAAUUUUAAAAACAAAAACCUUAGCAAAUUAAACAGAUAAAAGGGAAAUGGUUGAAUCUGAUAAAGGGUGUAUUUUAAAAAACUUAUGAGAGGGUAUGGAUUACAUGCGUAUAUCCACUUGUCAAAAUUCUACAGUUUAAGAGUUGUAUGUGUGCAAAUUUUACACCCAGAAUAUUGAAUGAGAGAUGGGAAGUGAUUACAGCAGGAUUUCUUAACUUUGGCUCUAUUGGGGCUGGAUAAUCCUUUGUUGUGGGGGCUGUCCUGUGUACUCUAGGAUGUUUAGCAGCAUCCCUGGCCUCUGCGCACUAGUUACCAGUAGCACCCUCCCAGUUGUGACAACCAGAAAUUCUCCAGACAUUGCCAAAUGUCCCUGGGGUGGGGGGAAUCGCCCCCAGUUGAAAACCACCGGAUUAGAGGUGUAGAUGAAGCAAGAAUGGUGGAGUGUUUUUGGUUGUUGAAGCUGGGUAGCAGGUA